AUGGCAAUUGUAACAAAUCAGAGUGUAGUUCACUGUUCUGAAAAUAUUAAUACUCAACCAUAUCCAGUUUUGUCCGAUAUUCGUCAUAGCCGAAGAAGGAAAGCUACUGCACUCGAAGAUAUAACAAAUGUAGCUUGCAAUCUACAGGGGAGAUUUGAUAGCAAUUUGUUAACAGACUUCGCAGAGCAAGAAAUGUUUUACAAGGAUAUUGAGAUCAUGAUUGGUGCUAAUGAUAAUGAUGAUAUUGAAGAUAAUAUUAGGCACGAUGAAAACAUGGCAGAUAUAGAAAUAUGCAACACACUUACUCAUUUACAGUAUGCUUACCAUACAUCAACAGCUAGCUUGGAUCACCAAAUUUAUAACGAAGGAUACAUUGAUGAGGGAGAUCCUAUACAUAAAUGCAAAUUUUGUGGUGCUCUCAUGUGGUUUAAUGAAAGAGUCAAGAAAGAUAAUAAAAAAAGGUCCAUAAAUAUCUUCUCAAUGUGCUGUAUGCAAGGAAAAAUUGUGUUACCACCUUUGAAGACUCCACCUCCUAUAUUCCAGCGGUUAUUUCUGCAAAAGGAUAAUGCACAGACGAAGAAUUUUCUGUCAAAUAUAAGACAGUACAAUAACAUGUUUUCUUUCACAUCAAUGGGAGGAAAGAUUGAUCAUUCUAAAAAUUCUGGUGGAGGUCCUUACUCAUUCAUAUUGUCUGGACAAAACUAUCAUAAUAUUGGUAGCUUAUUGCCAGUUCAAGGUUCAGAACCAGUGUAUUCACAACUAUACAUAUUUGAUACUGACAAUGAGGUUUCCAAUAGAAUUGCUGCUGUCAGUAAACACCAGAAGGAAUCAACAAUUGAUCCAGGAAUUGUUCUGCAAAUCAAGAUGGUUUUAGAUGAAAUUAAUCCUUUUGUACAACAAUAUCGAUUUGCUUCUCAGUUUCUGAGCAUUCAAAAUCAUCAACAUUUGAAGUUAUGCUUGCUAAGUUCCAGGGCACAUGAUGGGCGAACCUAUAAUCUUCCAUCUGCUUCUGAAGUUGCAGCAUUAAUUGUUGGUGAUAUAGAUAUGACGUUUAAUGUCAGAGAUAUCAUUGUUGAAGAGCAAUCAGGGAGACCUCAACGAAUUAAUGAACUCCAUCCAGCAUAUUUACCUCUACAAUAUCCUCUGUUAUUUCCAUAUGGUGAAGAUGGUUAUAGAGAUGAUAUUGAACACAGACAAGAAACUCUUGCAAUUACAAAGUCAAGAAAGAGGUUAAGCAUACGUGAAUUUUUCACAUACAGGCUUAUGAGAAGAGAGAAUGAGGUGUCAAUCCUAUUACAUGCAUCAAGAUUACUUCAACAAUUCAUUGUCGAUGGCUACACAAUGAUUGAAUCACAACGAUUGCUUUGGGUUAGAACUCAUCAAAAAGAACUCCGAGCUGAUUUAUAUCAAGGAUUAUCUGAUGCUGUUUUAAGUGGUGAGAGAAAUGCUUCACACACGGGAAAACGUAUCAUUUUACCAUCAACCUUUACUGGUGGUGCAAGAUAUAUGCUACAAAAUUAUCAAGAUGCUAUGGCAUUAUGCAGAUGGGCAGGCUAUCCAGAUUUAUUUAUCACAUUUACUUGCAAUCCAGCAUGGCCUGAAAUCACUAGACUUUGCCAACAAGAUAAUGUAAGUCCAUGUGAUCGACCAGAAAUAUUGUCCAGAGUUUUCAAAAUGAAAUUACGAUCUUUCAUGAAAACAUUAAGGGAGAAGAAGAUAUUUGGGACAAUUCGUGCAGAAGUUUACACUAUUGAAUUCCAAAAACGAGGCCUUCCACAUGCACAUAUCCUGUUAUUUCUUGAUGAAAAUGACAAAAUCAAGGAUCCAAAAGCCAUUGACCGGAUUAUUUCGGCUGAGAUUCCAGAUAAGCAUUCUUCUUCUAUUCUGUAUGACUUAGUUCAGAAGUAUAUGAUCCAUGGUCCAUGUGGAAUAGUUAACCCAAAAUCUCCUUGCAUGAAAGACAACAAAUGUAGCAAAUACUUUCCAAAAAAGUUCAAUGAUGUUACCACAGUUGAUGAUGAUGGUUAUCCCACAUACAGAAGAAGAAAUGAUGGAAAAACAAUUGAAGUUAAAGGUGUUUGCUUAGAUAAUCGUUAUGUUGUUCCAUAUAAUCCUACCCUUCUGUGCAUGUUUCAAGGACAUAUAAAUGUCGAGAAGUGCAAUCAAUCUACUUCAAUUAAAUACUUAUUUAAAUAUAUUAGCAAAGGCAAUGAUAGAGUUGUCGCUACUAUAUUUGAUAAGGAUAACAACAAGGAUGAAAUUGUUGAUGAAAUAAGGCAAUAUUAUAGUUGUAGAUACAUAUCUGCAUGUGAAGCAUCAUGGCGUAUGUUUGGAUUUGAUAUCCAUUAUCGGUUUCCUCCGGUUGAAAGAUUGAGUUUCCACUUGCCAAAUCAACAAUAUGUAAUUUAUUCUAAUACUGAUGAUGUUGCGGACUUAUUACAAAGACCACGAGUUAGUGAGUCACAGUUUUUGGCUUGGAUGAAAAUGAACAAUGAUGAUGAUUUAGCGGCAAAUCUUACAUAUGCUGAAUUUCCUAAUUAUUAUGUUUAUCAAAAAGAUAAACGCCAAUGGAAACGAAGAGAGAAGGGGUUUGCUGUUGGUAGAAUUACACAUGUAUCGCCAUCAUCUGGAGAAUUAUAUUAUCUCCGAAUUUUGUUAAAUAAAGUGAAGGGUCCAACCUCAUUUGAUGAUAUCAAAACUGUUGAUGGAGUGAUUCAUGAUACUUUUAAAGCUGCAUGUUUUGCACGUGGACUCUUAGAAGAUGACAAUGAAUAUAUUGCUGCAAUAAAAGAAGCAUCAGUAUGGGCUUCAGGAUCUCAACUGCGAAGGCUUUUCGUAAGCAUGUUAUUGUGUUGCUCACUGCAACAUCCUGACACUGUAUGGAAAGAGACAUCAAAUAUACUCUCAGAAGAUCUACUUCACAUACCUCGCAAUGAUCCUGUCCUCUCAGAUAUUCAUAUCUCAUUGUUUGAUAAAGAGAAUAUGGCCUUGAAAGAGAUUAAUAAUCUUCUCAGAGCAAAUGGGAAGACUCUUCAUGAAUUUCCAUCUCUUCCAUUGCCAUUGAAUACUCCAGUCAUUGAUAUAGCGAACCAUCUGAUAAUGCAAGAGUUAAAUUAUGAUAGAGAGUCUUUGAAAUUAAAGACUACCACGCUCAUGCAGAAGUUGAAUGACGAGCAGCGAAUCAUAUAUGAUAAUAUAUUAUCUGCAACAAAUCUACCUCAGGGUGGAUUUUUCUUUGUUUAUGGAUAUGGCGGUACUGGGAAGACCUUUCUUUGGAAUGUAUUAAUUACAACAUUACGGGCAAAGGGUGAGAUAGUUCUUCCAGUUGCAUCAAGUGGAAUAGCAGCAACAUUAUUACCAUCUGGAAGAACGGCACAUUCAAGGUUUGCAAUUCCUAUUCAAAUCACUGAAUCUUCUGUAUGUGGGAUAAAACAAAAUUCACCACUAGCUAAUCUGAUUAAGUCCACGAAGUUAAUUAUAUGGGAUGAAGCACCUAUGGUUCAAAGAUAUUGCAUUGAAGCAUUUGAUAGAACAUUAAAGGAUAUCAUGCACUCUAACUUACCAUUUGGUGGGAAAUGCAUUGUUAUGGGUGGUGACUUUCGUCAGAUACUUCCAGUGAUACCAAAAGGUACAAGAGCUACAAUUGUUAAUGCUUCCAUUAAUUCUUCAUAUUUAUGGAAUCAUUGCAGAAUUUUCAAGUUAACGAAGAACAUGCGAUUAAGGAAAACUAAUAGUUCCAAUGAUAGAGAAAGGUUAGAAUGGUUUUCGAAUUGGUUGCUAAAUAUUGGUGAUGGAAAAAUAGGGCAAUCAAAAGAUGGUGUUGCAGAUAUUGAAAUCCCUAAACAGUUGUUACUCACAAACUAUGACAAUGCUCUUCAUGCAAUUGUACACAGCACUUACCCAGAUCUUCUUCAUAAUUUAGCGUCUAAUGACUAUUUCAAUGACAGAGCAAUCUUGGCUCCAACAAUUGAGAUGGUCAAUCAAAUAAAUUAUUACAUGUGUUCUUUGUUACCAGGAGAUUCAUUUCAAUUUCUCAGUUGUGAUACUGUCUGUAAAGCAGAUCAAGAAAUAGAUACAGUUGACGAUUUGUACAACACAGAAUUCUUGAAUACUAUCUCUUGCUCUGGAAUGCCACCGCACAAGUUAGAACUCAAAGUGGGAGCACCGAUCAUGCUAUUACGAAAUAUAGACCAAGCUUCUGGUUUGUGCAAUGGUACACGCCUUAAAAUUUGUCACUUGGGAAAAAAUGUGAUUGAAGCUGUCACGUUGAAUGGAUCGAGCCCCUAUCAGAAGGUUUUAAUUCAUCGGAUGGAUAUGAAUCCUUCAGAAAGUCGUUGGCCGUUUAAAAUGCAAAGGCGACAAUUCCCAAUAACAUUAUCUUUUGCAAUGACAAUUAAUAAAAGUCAGGGUCAAUCAUUAACUCAUGUUGGUCUAUAUUUACCGAAGCCGGUUUUCACACAUGGUCAGCUGUACGUUGCAUUAUCCAGAGUAAGAAGUAUGGACGGUCUGAAGGUUGUUGUUGACGAUCAAGAUGGUUGCUUCAAGUCAAUCACAACAAAUGUUGUGUACAAGGAAAUAUUUAGAAAUAUAGAUGUUUCUAGGUUUGGCAUUGGGAUUUUGGAGUAUUUCGAGUUUCAAGGAUCAAGAAGAUCGCUGACUGAUGAUUGCUGGAAGCAGUGCUGA